CGAUUAGCAGCAGCUCUCCGAUCCCCGUCAGGAUUUAUUUAGUCACCGAACCUUGCGAGGUCCCGAGCCGUAUGUGUGUAUAUAUAUAUAUACAGCUCCUCUCGAGAUCGACAAGGAGAAGCAACCAGCCACAGCCAGCUGAGACUGAUCCAGACGCAAAAGGCAUCGAUCCAAGUCCAGGGGCAAAGAAUCUAGCAAGAGCGCGACGCGAGCAAGGGAAGCGAGGAGCGUUUCCAUGGAGAAGAAGCAGAGGAAGCACGCGAGGUCCAGGAGCUUCACAGGCGCCGGGCUGGCCUCCUUCUUCCGUUCGACCGUCGCGUCCUUCUCCUCCACCUUCCCGUCCCGCGGCAGGUCCUCCUUCAACCACCGCAACGCCUUCUCGGGGCCCAUCGUCUCCAUCGUCCCGCCGGAGGCCCGCGGCGGGAGCAGGAGGAAGCCGCGGUCGGGGUACCGGACGCCCGAGCCGUCCUCGCCCAAGGUGUCCUGCAUCGGCCAGAUCAAGCGGAGCGGCUCCAGGCGCCAGAAGAAGGUCAACCCGUGCGGCAAGAACGGCGGCGCCUGCCCGCUGCCGCCGCGGCAUCCGGCGGCGGAGGGGACGACGACGAAGCCCUGCGGCAGGCCCAGGGGCUCGCUCGUGAAGCGCAUGUCCUUCUUCCGUCGCAGCAGGUCGCGGUCGCGGUCCAGGUCGUCUUCGUCGUCGAAGGAUGGGUUCUGUAACGGGACCAGCUGCGCCUUCCCGGCGGCGGCCGCCCCGGCGCCGGCGGCGGCGGGGCUCGGGCAGAUGAAGCGGUUCACGAGCGGUCGCGCGGCGUUCCAGGACUUCGACUGGCGGGAGGAGGAGGAGAGGAGGAGCCGUGACAGUGACGAAGAGGAAGAGGACGAGGGGUUCGUGGCGUACUCAGCGCCGCUGACGCUCGGCGGUGGGGUGGUGGCGUCCGAGCCGAGGAAGGAGGUGAACCUGUGGAGGCGGCGCCCCAUGGCUCCUCCCACUCCGCUCCAGCUUCAUUAGGCUAGCGACCCACCAGCGUGCGUGCUCCAUGUUCCUAGCAUGCAUGUUCAUCUCUGUGCGCCAUUGCCUCUGUUCUUUAGUUUGUACAGCUAUACACGCUUAUAUGAUGAUCAUACAAGUUUAGUUGAUUUUGUAAAUGUGGUGCUCGUACGUCCUUGGAAAGGAUGUAAAGUUGUAAACAAAACGUUUGUCUCAGCGAUUUUUCUCCUUUCUCUUCUACACAUGAUGAUCAGUCAGCUUGGAGCUUUGUGAAUCCUGAAUACUCCAAGUGAUGAACAUGAAAGUUUUGAGUCCAA